UUUGCGUUCUAAGUUCAUAAGCUUAUCGCUGUUCUACAGGGGGACCUCAUUUGGUAACAUCAGACUGUUAACAAUGGGAGACUUUAAGAAGUUAAUUAGCGAAUUGACUACCGAAAGAGACAGCCUUAAAGACGAGCUAGAACGACUUCAUCGUGAGUUGGCCCAGACAAGCCAUGAAAAGAUCCAGUCUGCUCAGUAUGGUUUAGUGUUGCUGGAUGAAAAAGAAGCACUCCAGCAGAGGUGUGAAGACCUUGAGGCACUUUUUGAUGCAACAAAACAUGAACUGGAUUGUUUAAAAGAGGCACUUGCCAAGUCUCAAACAAGUCAGAAGGUGUCGGCAACAACUGGCAUCGAACAAGAAGAAAAUCUUCUAAAAGAAACGGCCCAUAAAGAAGCUUCUUUCACCUCAACGCUUCAAGAAUUAGAACGUGAAAUAAAACAAGUGAAGCAAGAACUGGCUAGAGUAGAAGCGGAGAGGGAUCGUAUCCAUCAGGAUUAUCUAGAUCUGUCCAAACAAAUUGAAGUCAGUGAGUGGGAAAAGAAAAAUUUGAAGUUAGAGCUCAAGGAAAUAAAAUUAAGAGAAGGAAGACUUUUAAUAGAUAAUAAUGAACUGGAAGAUGAGAACAUUUCAUUACAGAAGCAAGUGUCUUUGCUACGAUCCUCUCAGAGAGUAGAGACUGUAGGAAGCCAACAUCGAGUAGCGAGGACUGUAGGAAGCCAACACAGAGUAGCGAGGACUGUAGGAAGCCAACACAGAGUAGCGAGGACUGUAGGAAGCCAACACAGAGUAGCGAGGACUGUAGGAAGCCAACACAGAAUAGCGAGGACUGUAGGAAGCCAACACGGAGUAGCGAGGACUGUAGGAAGCCAACACGGAGUAGCGAGGACUGUAGGAAGCCAACACAGAGUAGCGAGGACUGUAGGAAGCCAACACAGAGUAGCGAGGACUGUCAUAGGUCAACAUAAUGAAGAUACUUGA